GAAAAUCAUUGAUGUGCAAUACUGGUGAUAUGCAGGAUUGAUAUGCAGGAAUAUACCAGGUGAGGCCCAAAGUUCAUCCAGCACUUAAGUUUUGGGGUUUUUUCCUUUGUAAAGGGUUUGGGUUUGAAUCUGCCAUUUUCCCCCACACCCACUUUGCAUGGUCAGGAUUAAUUCUGCUAUUACACUCAUUGCUUCCUGAAAGCACUUUUGGGCAUUCCUAAAGCCAAAACAGUUCUCCAUAGUUAAUUUCUCUCAGGUCUGUUAUGUUUAACAGUUCUCACCUGGUUUUUAGGGGGUUUCUGCAUUUCCUUACCUGGGCUUCCUUUGUGAUGUUUCCAGCCCAUCUCUCUCACAUGGUUUAUAAUAUCAUGCAGGAGUUCUACCCAUGUAGGAAUAGGUCUCCUUGGGGCUUGUGGAUCUUGUAAAGCUUCAUUAUAAAUUACAUCUCUUUUGAUUUUGUCUCCCCACCAUAUGAUUUUUUAGCAUAGCUGGAGCUCCUCUCAAUAGAGGUCUUAACAUAUUAAAAUCUACCACUGCAGAGAUUGGAAUAUGUCCAUUUGCACUCUCCAUUGCCUGCAAACAGGUCUCCCCGCUCCAUUUUGGGGGGACCAGGAUUGUAUUCUUGGGUUUGUGGAUGGGUUUGGGGAGAGCAGGGCUGGAUUCAGGGGGGCCAUUGUUGCAUUUCAGGGGGUUCCUCCACCCAGGCUGCUUGUGUUGUGACAUCAUGUGCUGUCAUGGUAAUGUUGGAACCCACAGUGUUGUGAGGCUGGCUUGGGACAGCUAGGUGUCUCCAGUCCCCAGUCCCCAGUGGGUGCUGAACUGGAGGAUCCUGAGUCCCUGGUGAGGAGCCCUGGUGAGCACCCACCAUGGUGACACUAGUGGUAGGUGCCGAGUGCUAUGACAUAAUGGCCAUGGUGGGGAAGGGGACCUUUGGACAGGUGAUGCAGGGGCAGUGCAGGAGCACUGGGGAGAUGGUGGCCAUCAAGAUCCUGAAGAACUGUGAUCACGAUGGCCAAAUAGUGAAGAAUGAACUGAGGCUGCUGCAGGCCUUGAGGGAGGGGGACACAAAGGACUCUCACAUCAUCCAUUUCCUCGAGUCCUUCAGUGACACGGUCUGGACCUACCUGGUCUUCGAGCUGCUGCAGCAAAACCUCUUUGACUUCCAAAAGCAGAACAACUUCUCACCGCUGCCGGUGCGGCACAUCCGCACCAUCGCAGCGCAGGUGCUGCUGGCCCUGCUGAAGCUCAAGGAGCUCUCCAUCAUCCACGCUGACCUUAAACCUGAGAACAUCAUGCUGGUGGACCACGCCCGCUAUCCGUUCCGCAUCAAGCUGGUUGACUUUGGCUCGGCCAUCCUCCUCCCCGAGGUGUGCCAUGUGCAGGAGCCCUACAUCCAAACCCGCUUCUACCGGGCACCCGAGAUCUUGCUGGGGCUGCCCUUCUGUGAGAAGGUGGACAUCUGGUCCUUGGGAUGUGUGAUGGCUGAGCUUCACUUGGGUUGGCCCCUCUACCCUGGCAAUGAUGAGUAUGACCAGAUAUGCUACAUCUGCUCCACCCUGGGGCUACCCCGGGCUGAGCUGCUCUACGCUGCUCAGAAGACACGGUCCUUCUUCCAACGUGUGCCCUGUUCCAGUGGUACCUGGCAGCUCAAACCACCCAGGAGGGUGAUGGCAAAGCCCAUGGAGAGGAGGGAGCAUAUCUUUUCCUCACUGGAUCAGCUGGCGCUGGUGAAUGUCUGCCCGAUGCCUGAUCCUGACCAGGAGGAGCUGGCCAAGCGCUGUGAUCUGUACAGGAUGGUGGAGCUGCUCAAGAGGAUGCUCACUUGGGACUCUCAUGAGCGAAUCACACCCAGUGCUGCCCUUCACCACCCCUUCAUCUCCAUGCAGGAGGUGAAGGCCAGCUUCGAGGCCACCCGCUACUACCAGCUCAGUCAGGAAGACCUGAGGGCAUCCUGUAAGGAUUCCAGCAUAGCCAAGAUCUUCCCCAGCAUAGAAAAAGGUGCCUUCAUCCCUGCCAGCCAGGGGGGCAUCCAGAAGGCCACUGCCCAGAUGGAUGGGCUCAGCCUGGCUGAGCCAGUUGGGGACAUUAGUGACAAGUGUCAGCAGGACCUCUGCCAAGCCCCCAGCCCCACCCACUGUGGAAGCCAGUACUGUCAGCAUCACUGGUGUCCCCAGAUAGAGCCCACCAAGGGUCACUUGACCUUGCUGGGGUCUCCCAGCAGAAUGAAACAGUACAGCCACUGGUAUGGCAGCCCAGUCCUUGGUGACAUCAUGGAACAGAACCUGCCUGGACGAUGCUACAGCUCAUCCUGUGCCAAGACAGCUCUGGUGACGUGGCGCAACCCCAAGCCUCCAGGGAUUUGGAGAAUGGGCUUCAGAGGCUGGGCUGGGACCCCCCUGCAGUGCUCAGAACGCUUCUACCACAGAGCCAGUGGCACUCCCAGCACCACUGAGACCCCACAGCAACCCUUGCAUUCGCUCCAGCAGCCCAGAGCUUGCAAGAGACCUUCUUCUUCCUCACCCUCAAGCACCCCAACAGCCAAAACCCAGCGCCUUGCUGGGGGAGACCACAGCCAGGGCUGCAACAGAACGUACUGUGCCAGGUGCUACCGGCUCUGUUUCUCACAUUGAUCCCCCAAUAAAUAGUUUUGCCAAAAACUGAGCAAUUAAACUGAUUAUUUGCCAGGGGAGUUUGGUACUGCCAAGACUUGAGGAGUGUCUCAGCUUCUCACAUGAGGCUGGCACAGCACUUGGCAAAGGCCUGGCACUUUCCACCAUCACAGCAUGGAGGACCCCACCCCCAGGCUCAAUAACAACAUAAACUCCAGAAAACUUGGGUUAUCUCUUUUUUUCCCCUGUAUCAGGGAAUCUCACACCCCACAAAAGCUUAUGUGUAACUUGUUAAGUGGUCAGAUAACUCAAAUAGGACAAGCUGUCUU